CGGCUACUUGUUUUGGCAGCAUUCUAAAUAAGUCAGCGCACCAGGCAAAACCUCUGGAUCGUUUAGAAAUAUUUUAAAAGUAUACAUAGACUCAUUUUUUUUGGGAUUUCAACAUACAACAUUUUUUUUCGUUGUUAUGGCGCAAUCAGUUUGGUGGUCAUUGAUAGCAAUGUUGAUGGCAUUUUCAGUGGUAACAGCAUCAAUGCCAGGAAAAGUCGGGCGGCGUGCAGCCGUAGAAAAACGGCAGGCGCCCACGGAAGGCGAUUUCGCCGACAGGUCGUCGGACGGAUCGUAUGCGUUCCGGUACGCCGACAGAAAUCAGUUCCACUCGGCCGCCGCCAAUAAGGACAACGUCGUGUCCGGAAGGUUUGGCUCCAGAAGUCCUGAAACUGGACGAAUCGUGCAAACGUCGUAUUCAUCCGGUCUCCGUGGUUUCCGUGCUCGUGGGCCGGAUAUUGCUAGGCAAACAGAUCUGUCGCAAGUCCGUUUACCUUACAACCCACCUGUGCCAACUGAUUCGUCCAAAUACGACCCGGCCUAUGACCGAUACUACGACCCAAACGAAGACCCAAGCUACAAAUUCACCGUUCGGACGCCCACACAAUCGAAAUCCGAAACCGCCGAUUCCAGAGGCCACGUCGAAGGUGUAUAUUCGUACUUAGACGAUGUCGGCAAGAGACACGAUGUGCAGUACGAGGCGGGAGCCGGUACCGGAUUUCACGUCAAAUCGGCGCACCCAGAUUCAGACACGUAUGGAGGUGUGUUUUACAGCGGCCCGCCUGGCAAACCGGGCGGCCGGCCGCGCGGUCACUCGUCCGUCGUGCUGGGCAAAGACGGCUCGUAUGGAUUCACUGCAUCCGGGCCGGAUCAGCGGCGGUCCGAGGUAAGCGACUCCAAUGGCCGUGUGCAAGGCUCGUAUACUUACGUGGACGACAAGGGCGUGCAGCGGACGGUGCAGUAUGUGGCCGGACCCAACAUCGGGUACCGGGUAGUCAACAACGCUGCGGCCGGCGGCGCGGCCGCGGCCCCAUCGUUGCCGGGCAGCAGUGUCGUUGUCGGCGGGAUCGGUGGCGUCGGUGGCGGUGGCUUGGUGGUGCCCGUGACGCCGUCCGCGUUGCCUCCGUUGUCGUUGAUCUCGUCAUCGUCCACACCGCUGCCGCCAAUCGCUUUCGAGCCACAGGACCUGUUCGGACCCGCAGCCAGCACAUCCACGCCGCUCCCGGACCGCCGGCGGCCCGAGUCACCCGUCAAAGGCUUUAGUGGCGGUGGUGGCGGCAGCGGCCUGUCCGACGAAUUUCUGUCACCGGACAGCACGCUUCCGCUCGGUUCGGCGUUCCCGGAGGACGAUCCCGCGCUGCCGCCCAAGAAAUGGCCCACCACGUACAAAAACAAGGACGAAGAGUCGUUCUUCCAGUCGUUCGAAAAAUUCGACAAGCGAAGGGAACAACACAGUCCGCCGAAAAAGGGUGGGUACCACGCGAUGCCGGUAGACACAGCGCUGUCUUCUUACGGCCAGUCAACGACUGGGGCGUACGGCCUGCUGCAGCAGCAGUCGUCUACCGGCAGGCCGAUCGGGCCACCGGACACGUCGUACGGCCAACCGUCCCGGCCGAUAGUGGUGGACGACAAGUACGGCCAGUACGGCGGCACCGACUAUCAGAAACCCAAAGACGACGGCGGCUCGAACACUUUCGGUGGAUUCCCGACCGGCACUGUGGUCAAGGCCCACGUCCAGAGUUUGGACAUAUUGCCGUUCGGUUACAGGGUGCCGUCGCCGUCGUACGUUCUCGAAAAGCAGUUUGGCAGCGGUGCUGACGAAUUGAAUUCGAUCAAGAAAUAAAACGAUAUAUACGGACAGUCUCGCAUGGUAUAAUUAGAUAGUUGCUAAUAAUAUUAUGUUUAUUAAUGUAUAAGUUCCUCACCAUAAUAAGGUUUGAUGUUUUUCAAACGCGUGUGCGUUGUUCUUAAUUUCUGACGAUAUUAUAUAAUAUUGACCAUUGUCCAUUAUGGACAUAUAAUAUUGUAUAUAUUUAUAUAUAUAUAUAUAUAUAUAUAUAUAUUAUAUUUUAUAUUAUUAAUU